CUUCGGCCGGAUGUAUAAGCUAAACGCCUACUUCCAUGUGCUGUAGUGCAUUGUUCGACCGACUGGCCAUUCCCAUAUCGGCAUCGAGCUGCAUUAGCGAAGCCUACGGCGCGUUUUGAUGCUCCGGCUGGCUUACCCUCAACCCGCCAACUGGGUCUUGCACCUUCCCGCUGCUCAAUGCCCUGGAUUUGAUUAUUCAGAACACAGCAAUGACUGUCAAUGUCUGCGAGAUCCGACAGUGAUCAUACGGCACCAAUGACACGGUCGAGCUUCUCAGGGUUGCUUACCAGGUUCUAGUAGGUAUGGAUUGAAAGGUAUAUAGUAUCGUUCCCUUUGCACCUUUGCAUCCGGCUCCCAUCUUCAUUCUCGUAUCACUCGUCGUCUGCCUGAGAAAGGUCGUACAGAGCCUUACCACCUCUCCUGUGCUGAAGUGUCGGCUUCUCUUUGCAACCCACCCCAGACUUCAUCAUCAUGUCCGCCCUUUUACGCGAUGCCCCUGUGGGCCAAGUAAUCCGUUGGGCGACUGGCAACAAGUAUUUUCGAUAUGCGGAAGAAGAACCGAACUUCCAAUGUCCGCAAUCCUACCAAAGAGAGUCCAAAAGUAUCACGUCCGGCUCUACAACACCCGCUGUUACAUCACCAGCCGCCGAAAAGGAGCUUGAAAUUCCACCCCAGGGUCAGGAUGCCCUCACCAAAGCAGAAACAGCUGCAGACCGCGAGUCACUAGCAUCCUUGUCGGACCGGACGAUUUCCAAAAUCAUGACAAGACCUGAACUCAGUCAAGUCAACACGCGCGCAGACCUCGAAGCAGCUUACACCAAUGCGACACGACAAGAAACCCUGAAAAACCAGCCCAGUCGACCUAUUCAGCCUGCCGUGACUUCCGACGGCACAAUCCUGGUCGACUGGUAUACCACUGAUGACCCCGAGAACCCUCAAAAUUGGUCGCGCGGCAAGAAAGGUGUCGUCGUGCUACAAAUCUACCUCUACACUCUGGCUGUCUACAUGGGUUCUGCAAUCUUCACACCCUCAGAGCCAUACAUCGUCGAGAAGCUAGGCGUAUCGCCUAAUGUCGCCGCACUAGGUCUGUCAAUGUAUGUGCUGGGCUACGGCAUCGGACCGCUCAUUUUCAGUCCACUCUCCGAAAUCCCCUUGAUUGGCCGUAACCCACCAUACAUGAUCACACUGGGUAUCUUUGUCAUUCUCUCCAUACCCACCGCCGUGGUGAACAGUUUCCCCGCCCUCGUCGUUCUGCGGUUUCUGCAAGGCUUCUUCGGCAGCCCUUGUCUGGCGACCGGCGGUGCGUCGAUCGGGGAUAUCUACUCCUUGCUCAAGCUGCCUUACUUUCUCACCGGCUGGGCCGCUUUUGCCACUGCAGGACCUGCCCUUGGGCCUCUCAUAUCCGGCUUCUCCGUCCCCGCCACAAACUGGCACUGGUCGCUCUGGGAAAUCGUCUGGCUCGCCGCCCCGGUGUACAUUUCGCUUCUUUUCUUCCUCCCCGAAACCUCCGCGAGCAACAUCCUCCUCCGUCGCGCGCAACGCCUGCGCAAGAUCACAGGUAACCCGAACCUCAAGUCGCAGUCCGAAAUCGACCAGGAGAAAAUGUCCGUCAACGAAGUCGUCGUAGGCAAUCUCUGGCGGCCGGUGCAAAUCAACGCGCUCGACCCCGCCGUGUUAUUCACGAGCUUGUAUACCGCAUUGAUGUACAGCAUCUUCUACUCGUUCUUCGAAGUCUUCCCGCUCGUGUAUGCGACGGGCAACCCUGACAGCCCGACACACGGGUACGGCAUGAACGCCGGGCAGAUCGGGUUGAUCUUUUUGAGUAUCUCGGUGGGCGUGAGUAUCGCCAUCGUGCUGUACGUUUGGUACCUGCGCUAUGUGUUUGAGCCGGAGAUCCUGACGAAGGGUCUGGGUGAGCCCGAGAGACGCUUGAUCCCUGCGUUGCCGGCCAGUUUGCUGUUACCAGUUGGUCUUUUCAUCUUUGCUUGGACGGGCAACUCGUCGCCCAAGAUCCACUGGAUCGUGCCAACUAUCGGUGUCGUCAUAUUCACAAUCGGAAUAUUCAUACUGUUUCAGUGUAUAUUCAUCUACAUCCCGCUCACGUACCCGCAGUUCGCGGCGAGUCUGUUCGCGGGCAACGAUUUCGCGCGGUCAUCCAUCGCCGCGGGCGCGAUCCACUUCUCACGUCCGUUGUUCCACAAUCUCGGCGUCGGACGCGGUGUGAGUCUGCUCGCGGGUUUGACGGUCGGUGGCAUCAUUGGCAUUUUCGUCCUGUGGAAAUUCGGCGCUGCGUUGAGGGCCCGGUCAAGGUUCGCUGCCAAGUAGACACUGACUGUCCUCCAUUUUGUCUCUCGGCUCUCGCCCUGUAUCUCUGAGGGCAGGGAGUGGACCGGAAAUGGACGAGAUUGAAUUGAGGGAGCCUAGAGUUGAUACGAUGAACCGUUGGUUGGCGUCCAGGAGAAAGAAGCGAGAGAUGGCUCGUUGCUAAUGAGCGCAGCUCAACUAAGCCUUAUCGUGCUAUAUGUUAUGGAGGUACUCCGUACUGUGUUUUGUGUUUUGGGCAAAGCAAGCGAUGGCGUUGGAGAGAACCCGUCUCAUCUCAUCUCAUCUGAUAUAUGUUGUGGUUGCGAGUUGAGACUUUUCAAAUACAAUAAUCGAUAUGGAGAACGCGUUCAAGUUGAC